UAACGUAAUUACGUCAUGAAACAAAACAGUUAAAAUGCUGGAAUGUUCUUUUAGGUAAAAAAAAACACAAUGAAUAUGAACGAAAUGUGUCAAAAACUAUAUUUUAAAUUACUGGAAACCGCGUUUUAAUACAGUACCGCUUUUCCAAGAUUAAUAUAUUCUGACAAUUAACAAUAAGAAGUAGAUAAAAAAUGUAUUUGAAAGGAUAAUGUACCAUAUGCGUAUAUUCAUUUAAAUGUACCUUUGUUGAAACACAUUUAUUUAAUCACUUGUUGUCGGCUACGAUUACAAAUAGAAAGUGUUUACUUGUUUUGAAUAAUAAACCGACGCUUAGUGAACUGAAACUAGUAACCCCCGAAAACCCCUUUUCUUUCUUUCUCAUGACUAGCUUUACUUGCUUUCUGUAUUAAUUACAUUUGUAUAUUUCUUUGACGUUCAAUCACAAAACAAGGAUGUUGUUGUGUCGUUCUGUGUGACAAUGCCACUUCUGUGUGAUCUUUCUUUUCAUAUGCAAGUAAAGUUCAGAAGCACCGCCACUUUUAUUUUUUACAACCACUUAAACAAUUAUUUGUUUAUGAUUUAAAUAGUUGUAUUUGUUAAACCCACUUGAAAAUAGCAAAUGUAAAUUGGUUGGAUGAAUUGAUACAUAAAGUAUGAAAUAUAUAUAUUGAAUUUUUAUCAUGUGGCCACGGAGUACCCUUUUUAGUAGUACGUAAUUCCAUGCAUUUAUUUUCUACAAUUUCAUCUUUUUUGUUUUUGUGUAAUUUUUUAAAAUUAUUAUUAUUUUUAUUUUAUUUUGUGUUAUGGAAAUAUAUCUUUAAAAUCAUAAUUGCAAAAGAUAAUAGUUCAUGCGCACAUUUAGGUGUAACAGCAUGCAAGCGGCAAACGGAACGAGUUUAGGUUAAUUCCAUGAUUUUAGUCAGGGAAGGGUUAUUUAUAGGUUUGGCAAUCAACAACAACCGGACUCAAAUACAUGCUAGAUGCACACAAAUGUGCCCCUAUACUAGCCUGUUCACGUUCUUCCUUCCUCUCAAGUUUUCACAACAGCCGGUGAUCCUCCUUCACCGGUACCUGCCUCACACCUCCACUUCCCUUCCUGAUGUUUGAGAUGUUUGCACGCAAACACAGCUGACCAAGCCUGCUUAUAAAUACCAUCAGAGUGCACAGGCAGGUAGUUAGAGAGUUGCACCCGAAGAGCAACCUACCAGAGUGAGAAAUGAUGUGUGCCGGCUUUACAGUUAUCUAUUUUUACCUCUUCUCCAGUUUCUGUGUACCUCUCGCAAGAGGCUUCCCCGUGAAAGAUCAAAAAACAGACUGGUUCAGUCGCUCAUCUCAAAACAUUGCAGAGGAGGAUGUUGAAUGCUUCACAGAAUACAUGGAGCUGUGGUUACAACAGAGGAGAACAGAAGGCCUGAGCGAAUGGAUUUCAAGAGCUCUAAGAAUUCCAGUGAACCUGGCUUCUCUGGACAGAUUAAACUCCCGUCUAGCUCCUUGUGGUUACUCCCUCCACAGGGAUCAAGACAGGAACUAUAUCUUCCGAGUCAAGUACAGUGGUUGCUUUGUACAACUCCAGAAAGGCAAUUAUGUCCUGGAUGUAAAAUUGAUAAAGAGACUGGGCGGAUUUGGAACUCGGAAUCAAAUCUUUGUCAUGAAAUGCCCAUUGGUUACAGUGCCCCCUGGUGGAGAGCAUAUUCACUGCAAGCCGGACUACAUUCAAGUAACCAGACCACUUCCUCAAGACAACUGGGACAAUAAGCUUCCCUGGUCUCUGUCUCUGAGGGGACAGCUGGUAGCAGCAGUUGAGGACGCCAGUUUAAUUCGGCUCACCGUGGAUACCAAGGGUCCGAAUAUCACAGUACAGGGCACCAGAGGAGGCAUUCUCAGCACGACCGAGGUAAUGGGGAAAACAAUCGACAUUCUGCCACUCUGGAUAGUGAGUGGGUAUUAUGCAUAUAGCAUGGAAGCCAGCUGUCCUCUGGUUUCCUCACUCCCGAGCAACGAGACAGUAUUCCACAUCUUAAAACGGAGAAUGGGAUUAAUUAAGAGAGGGGGGUAUGACAAUGAGAUCCUUACUGUAAAAAACAUUGCGGUAAAGCAGACCGCCAGCUACUCUGUGAUUGAAGACCACGACUUUGUCCAAGUUACCAUCCCCACAGCUGAGAUCCUUCAAGCAAAGAAAUGUGAAGAUCUGCUUGGGAACUUAUACGUGCAGCCAUUCUAUAAAGUGGACGUGAUUCUGACCUUCAAAGAAAUGCCCUACAAAGUCUACUGGAGCAUGGAAAACCAGUUCCCAUGCACUGCGCUUCAAAGCCUAUCCUUGACAUCAACAAAAUCGCCCGACCCUGCGUAUUCAACAGAAGACCUCUCCACUUCCCCAGACAUAUCUCCUCUGCUUAUUAAACAGUCUUUGGCACCAUCAACAGCCUCAGGGAUAUCAACUGGCAGUGAGUACACUUCAGAUGCUGGUCAAACCAGAGAGCCAUCACUGUCUGCCUCAUCAGUGGGCACACCAUCGCCACAGACAUCCAUGCCUGCUGACCACGGGUACAAAGAAAGCACUGCAAGCACUCCAUACGAGAGGACAGCUUUGAGGUUCCCAUCUGCGAUCACCCAGGAGCCUCUUGACCAAUCAGAUCAUGGGAAUAGUAAAGCCACUGAGCAUUUAAUAUCAAAAGAGGAGACACGAUCUGAGCCAACUGAGAAAGACACCAUUUUACCAACAGAACUAAAUAUAACAGUGCCUUCUGAACUCAGCCUUUCAUACCCUUUGUCUGCAGGAGCCGAUGCACAGAUGUCAAUGCCAGUUCUUGACUACAGACAACCUUUUACAGAGCUGACUCCUGCUGCACUCCCUACAAGCACACACAUUCCAGUUCAGUCUGAGGGUAGGGAACAUGUCAUGGUAGCUUCCAGCACAAAUCCUCUGGCAUUAAUAACUGAAGGGAUUGAGGCUACUGCUAAAGCAGCGACUCCUGUGAAGACAAGCACGGGGCAAGCAACGAAAGACGAGAGUGAUGUAACACAUGGGAACAGAUCGUUGGGGGUGCAUAGUGCAGGCCCGCCUGGAGCUGCUGAGGAAGCAUUCACUUCUGUAGUGGAAGGAGAUACAACUCGAGGAGAAACCAAAGGAACUGCACACACAACCAGGGGCCGCACUGGACAAUCUGACACUUCUGAGGCAGCUGCAGAGCUUCAGAGAUUCUCAAAGGGGACAGCAGCAAAACCUAUUGGAGGACUAAUGGGAACAUCGGGGACUUCUCACAAUGAACCAAGCAGUCCCAUUCUGUCCCUGGCAUCCGCUUCUUCUAGUGCAGUGGAAGUAAACAUGCUAUCUGCGACGUCUGCCACUGAAAAGGCUGGAGCACCUGCAAAGCAAUCAUCCACGAGCACAAGUGUAGAAGACAGCGCUGACAGCGAGCAGACCCACAGCACCGCAUCUCCAACGGGAUCCCCCUCAGGGCUGAUAUUAUCAGCAGGAACCAUAGCGGACAGUUUAGUAAAUAUGUCUGAAUUCAACACAUCUCCAAACAAGACGACUUCAGACUCAAUAAUGCCCACCGUGGAGAAAGCGUUUAUGGGUGUCAUUCCAAUCACGCAGGAGAAUGACACCAGUGUAGCAGAAAGCUUGCAUCCUGCGCAAAACAGUACAGCCAGUCCUGCCAGUUCCACAGAGGACGCCAUUACGAAAACAGCAGGAAAUUUAUAUGAACUUGCAAAUGCUGGGACGUCAUCAGCUCCAUUCCUUGCUAACACUUUCCAGCAAUCAAAAAAAGGGCUGCCAACAUCUGGCAUGGUGACACCUUCACCUGCCAUACCUGUGAAUCCAAUUGUUCGUGUCUCUCAAUUAACUGCUAAAACCUCACUGACAACACCAGCUUAUGAAACCAGUCACAGAUCCUGUUUUUCCCAGGUUACAACACAGCGGCCUCCUUUAGUAUCAAGUAUCUCUGUGUUUGCUGGUUCUCCCAGUAACAUAUUGUCAUCAGACUUGCCAGCUCAGGGAAAGAUAUCUUCCACAGUAACUACUGCAGGCCCCAAUCCUCUUUUCAAUGCAUCAGCAACAACAGGUGCAGCAGCAUUUACAGCAGCAAAUACAGAGGACACAUUGCCAGCAUUGUUGAGGGGGGCAGCUGACAAGUCAGAGCCUAUGACAAGUAGUGCUGCUGUAACUAAUAAAGAGAAUCAGGUUGAUACAAGCCACAGAGCAGCAACUGCAGGCAUGGGGACAGCUUUAUUAGAUCAAGAAAUAUCAGGAAUUACUCUUCAGUCCAAGCCUGUGCCAUCUGGCUCAAGUACAACAUUGAAAGGAGAAGCCACAAAAUCUGGCUCGGAAGAAGCACAGGUGUUAUUUUGAGCUGUGUCUGUCAUCGCUGGUACGGCUUUCCACUGGAGCGCAGCAGAUGUUCAAAGAAUGGAAAAUCUACAGGCGGAGCCCCAGACAGUGACCAGUUAAAGACCUUUUGCUGAACACGAAGGAUCAUCAUCUGAAAAUUAGGAGUCACCACAGUGAAGCCCAGCAUCAGUUUCGAAAUGUCCACUUUCUUUUGGGACAGGCAACAAACAAAUGAGGGCAUUAUUGUGUUUUUUAUUGGCUUAACCAGUUUCUAAUGGGACAUAACCCAGUGUUACCUGGUGGCCGAAUGUUGUCAUCGUCCCACGUCGAACCGAAACCACUUACCAAAAGCUGUGCCUAUCAUUGAAUUGAAUUCAAACACGGUUGUUUCUCCUGGACCAAACGGCACAGAAUAACUGUGUGUUUAUCAGCGAGACCUCAUACUACAGAGGUCUCUUUGGAAAUCAGUGGUGCCACACAAUUCAUGUCUCCUCAAGUGAAAUCCUAACGAGUCUAUCACUAGAUAAGAUCAACUGCAGUUAGGAGCACAUGAGGCUGUAGUGACACUGACUUGACAUUAUAAACUAGCAGGUUUUAUCCGUUGAUAGUUACUCUGACACUAGGUAAUAACACCACUGCCUGAAGUUUUACAGAUCAUGCAAAUGAGAGAAUCAAUACACUAGUCCUCUUUAAAAAAAAAUGUUAGACGUGUACACAAAAAACAACAACUGGCUUAUAUUUAUUGUAGUUUGAUUUGUUUAUUAUUAUUACUAUUACAUUCACUGCUAAUGGGAUUAUACAUUGUAUCAUACCUCAUUAAAUUGAAAUGUAACAUGUGUUUUUAUUAUUGUAAUAAAAACCAAACAAAUCUAAUAAAAUAAUAAAACAUGUGCAAGUAUAUUUAAUUGAUUUUUUAGGGCUAAAGUUCUCAAUCUUUAGUGUUAAUAAUUAGCAUCACCUAUUAGGUUUUGUAUUCAACGCCCAUUGAAUCAACAUGCAGUUCCAAUGUACAAUACAAAGCAGGCCAGUUGGAAUUCAAGUGGGGUGUGGUUUAACAGUAGAUUCUGAAGGAAAUGGGUCCAUAUCCUCUUGUGUCACAAGUAGGGGAAGGGAAGGUGGUGCAUUUGAUCUGAAGCAGAGCCAGCUUCAUUUUUAACGGGUUCACCUUUGCGUAACACAUAUUGAAACUGGACACACAACACCUUUGUAAAGGCCGUUCUAUCACUAUGUGUAUUCUAUUCAAUUGUCUCAAUAAAUCCAGUAAAAUUGUUCAUGACUUUGAGUUACAUACAUGCAGUGUUUUGAGUUAUAGUACAGGUGUGGUUUGUAAUAAAUGACCAUGUUGCAUGGAUACUUAUGCGCAUGUUAUAUCAGUUUUAAAAAGGAUUCUUAAGGAUUAUGUACAGGGCCUGUACGCUACACAGAGAGAAAACAAACCUGUCUGUGCAGUCCUACCGCAACACAGGCAGGGGGUGGAAGGAGGUUCAUACAGGUGCUAAUAAUAAUAAUAAUA